CUUACAAAAGUUUAAAUGAAAUUAGUUAUACAGAUAUUUUAGGAAAUUAUUAGGAUAGUAGUGUACGAACGAAAUGAAGCUGUUAGUCAGUUGUAAAACUUCAUAUAUACAUAUAUUAAAUUUUCUAAAAUGUUAAAGAGACGAUUGUAGUAUAAAACUUUGCGCUUGUUUUCUAUUGUCCUUUUAAAAAUCCAAUAUUGAAUAGUUAUAAAAUUGAGAAAUAUUGAGUUCCAAAAAUUUAAUUUUGGUAUGCACGGCCUUCCAAUAUCUUUGAUAACAAAUACAUUCUGCUGCGAAUAAAAAAAGUGUGGAUAUUAAAAUGAUAAACAAGCGAGAAGUGAUCGUGUAUUGACUAUUAUUACAACAAGUAAUGUGGAGAAUAAUUUCUUGAUAAUUCGUCUCUGUAUUUUAAUUAGCAGAGCGUCCGUGUAGAAAGUGAUCACUGGUUAGAGUCCAGUUUGAGCAGAAAUUUGUUUUUAAUUUUUUUGUCUUGUUUUGACUCGCUUUUUUUGAUUAUCUACGUACAUAUAGUCUACGUCCAUCUAUUCUGUAGGUGUAUGAAGAAUUUUUUUUUGUUUACUUCAUACUAGCACAGCAAAUUUUAGAUAUUUAUGAUAUUAAUCAUAUAUACAGGGUGUUUCGCAUAAGGUGGCAAUAAUUGCGGGAAUGAUUUUUUGAUCAUUUUCCAACAAAAAGUUAUAUGGGUGGAGUGGGGUGCAGAUAUACUCGUUUUCGAAGCACAGUCUGUUGAAAAAAAGGGUCGAUUUUUCUGCAUAUAAAUAAAUGCUUAUAACUUCAGAACCAUGCUACAUACAAUCCCAAAUUUUAUAUAUACCCACGCACACAUAUGUGAUAUAAAUUCAUUUUAAAUUAAAAAAUCUUUUCAUAAAUUUUUAAUAGUAAUAUUAUUGUGUUUAUAAAUAAAGACAUAGUUAAUAAUUUAUUAAAGUGUAAAUUAAACGAAAAGUUCUUAUAUAGUAAAAAUUUUAGGAUAAACAAAAAUACUUAAUAACAAACAAUAAAAAAAAAACAAUAACGACAAAAAAAAAUUUAAACUAAUUCAAAAUAAUACCAAAAAACCGAAAAAAAAUGCUUAAACAUCGUUUUAAUAAGUCUAAAUCUCAAAAUUCAAGAUUAAAUAAUUGCCCUCAGGGCUCAAAUAAUUCUAUAACUGAAUUAAUUGACAUCGGUGGUUUAUUUUCACCGCCAGCAUCAUCGACAACUGCUACCACACCAAAUUCAACUAAAAAUUAUCAAUUAUCACCAACACAUAUUAUUUCUUCAACUUCAGUAUCAACAACUGCUCUAUCAAAUCCAAUAAAUGCAUGUUUAGCUACAAGUCAACGUUGGUCAUCAUCUUCAUCAUCAUGUGGUGGUGGUAUUGGUUUUUCAACAUCAAAUUAUCGUCAACAUAAAAGUGAUGAUGAUGAAGAUGAGGAAAAUGAUACAUUUAAAUUAUUUGCUCGUAUUGCACGUACUGGUGGUGGUAGCUUUAGUACAAGUACUUUUUGUGGUAAGAAUAAAUCAUCAACAACAAAAACAUCAUCACCAUCAUCAUCAAAAUCAGCUUAUAUGUUUGGCCAUAAUAGUAUUGCUGCUAUACUAACAUCACCAGCCAAAGUAAAACAAUCAUUUCGUUUAACCAGACGUCGUACAUCAUCAUCACCAGCAAAUCCAGCUGUUGUUGCUGCAAUGGCAGCUGAAGCAUCUAUUCCUGAUGUAAAAUCAUCAAUAAUAGGAGCAGCAGAAGGAUUAACAUCAAAAGUAUCAAAUUCGUUAUCAGCAGCAACAGCAACAGCAACAACAAAAACAACAUCAUCAUCACCAAAAUCCAAAUCAAAUGCAACAAGUGCGGGUUCACAGGAAAUUAUUAGAAGAUGGAAUUCAUUCCAUUCAACAAGAGGUGAAUGCCAUCCAAAUCGUUUCCGUCGUAAUCGUAAAUCAACAGCACCACAUAUUGAUACAACAUAUAUUACUAAUAAAUUAACAAAUCUUAAUUUAUAUCGUAAUCAAUCACCAUCACCAUUACGAUCAAGAGAUAAUUAUGAUAAUAUUAAUUGUAAUAUUAGAUCACUAUCAUCCCCAUCGACAUCUACAACAUUAUUACAAUCAUCAUCAUCACCAUCAUCAUCAUUUAAUACUACAACAACAUCGUUAUCAUCAUUGUCUAAAAUGAAAAAACAAUCAAAUUUAUCAAUAUUAACCAUAAAUGAUGAUUCAAUAAAAACGAAAAAAAUAUUACAAUCAAAGAAUAAUGAUAAAAUAAAAUCGCAACAACAACAAUUACAAAAAAAUAAAAAAUCACCACCAUCUACAUCAAAAACAACAACAACAGAAACAGGAAUAGCAACAUCAACGUCAUCAUCAUCAUUAUCACCAAUAAAAUCACAGUUAUUAACACUAUAUUAUGAUAAUAAAAAUGAUGAACAUCAAUAUCAACAACAGCAUCAUGGUGGUAGACAUUCAAUAUCAUAUCAAUCACGUCAUUCAAUAACUGAAGGCUCAAAACGUAUAACAAAAAAUUGGUAUUUAAAAAGAGGUAAAUCAUUAGCUGAUGAAAAAAUAUUAAAAGAGUCAAAAAUGGGUCUAAAUACAGUAACAUCUAAAAAAAUGCAAUCAACAACACCAACCAUUGUUGAAACAUCAUUUAAUUCUGAUAUAACAACAACAAUUGUUACACCAACAACAACCAUUUCUGAAAAUUGUGAUAAUAUUAUAAAGGAUCCUUCAUUAUUACCAUCAUCAUCAAAAAUAAUUAAUAAAUAUAAUAAUUCUUCAAAUAUUGAUACUAAUGAUUAUUAUGAUGAUAAUAAGCAUAUCGAUAAUAAUGAUGAUGAUGAUGAUGAUGAUGAUGAUAGCGAGAAUAAUGAUGAAGAUAAUGAAAAUAAAAAAUAUCAUAAUAUUGGUUUUAAAUUUUAUGUACCAUCUCAUCAAAUUGAUGUACGUAAUGAAGAUAUUUAUGAAGAUAAAAUUAAUAUUAAAAACGAAGAUGAUACCAGUAAUAUAAAUAAACAAAAUAAAAUUCGGCCAACAUCAAUUUUAAAUAUUAAAAAUGAUGAUGAUGCUGAUAAUAAUGAUGACUGUAUUAAUAAUAUUAAACAAUAUAUUGAUGAUGUUGAUACUCCCGAUGCUGAUAAUGAAAAUUUACCAUGUAAUAAUACUGCUUCUACUACCGUUACUACUUCUAUUACUGCUGCUGCUACUACUUCCACUACUAAUAAUUUAUCAUUGCCACCGCAAUAUCCGAUGGGCUUUGGUAAAAGAAAUGGUGGAAGUUGUCGGCGUUCAAGCGAGUGUUUCGUUUUGGAAUCAUCUGAAAUGAUUGUGGUUGAAUAUCCCGAAAUUUCAUCAUCUAUACCUACAAAUUUAAUAAAUACUUCACAUUUUUUUCAACAACAACAUCAACAGCAGCAACAGUUAAAUAGAAACAACUGUGGAAUCAUAAAAAAUUCUAUUAGCGGCUCAACAACAUCUAUUAAAAAUCAAAAUAUUGAUGGUAAUUCACCAUCUAAUCCAGCUUCAUCAUCAGCGACAGUGUCAUCACCUACAGCUGGAGCCACAGGUGGAACUGGAUUGCCAAAUACAAUAAUAUCAAAUUCAAUUAAUAAUUGUAAUAAUAUUAAUGCAGUUAAAAAAAAUAAUAAACAACAAAAUACCGGCGUACAGCAACAAUUACAUACAUCUAAUCAAAAUUCAUAUUCUCAGUCACCAAUUAUAUCACCAGCGUCAGCUGGAUCACUUUCAAUAUCUUCAGUAGCCGGAAUUUUAUUAUCACCAGUAUCAAAUUGCAGUAAAUCAAAUUUAAUAUUAAGUGGUAGCUGUACAUCAACAAAUACAAGUGAAACAAAUUUAAAUUCUUCGUUUAGUGGUGGUAAUAUUAAUUUACUUAAACAACAACCACAGCAACAUUUAUCUCAGUUCCAUCAUCAACAACAACAACAGCAGCAACAACAACAAUCUCAAUCUUCAUUACUUCAUCAACAUCAAGAAAAAAAUCAACAGAAAAAUCAAUAUCUCAAUACUUUCUCAAUACCAAUAAAUAGUGGUUGUCUAAGUAUACAUUCUAAUAGUCAGCAACAUCAUCGUAAUAGUACACCAUCAAUUUUAUGCACAAUCAAUAAUUUUAGUGCAAGUAGCAGUGGAAUAAAUCAAUCGAAUACAAUUAACUCGAAUAUUAAUUUUAAAUCAGUCAACAUGGAUCCACAUCAUAUUAGGCAUUCGGGGCUUCCUGGAAAUCGUCCAGAAUUAUACCAGAAAUGUAAUAGGGGUUCACAUUCUAGUGAUACAAGUUCGGCAUAUAGUGGGAGUGAUACUAUGACUUCUGUUCAUAGUUCAUCGUUAGAUACCGACGAAGUUGAUUUAAGUGGUUUGGUAGAAUCGGUAGUUGAUUCUGAUGAAGAAGAUCUUGCAGAAAGCAUGGAUAGUCUAAAUGUUCGUGAUGCUGUACGUGAUUGUCUUGAAAAGGAUCCAUCUGAAAGAACAGAAGAUGACAUAGAAGCUCUUUUAGAAUUAACUCAAGGUUUAAAAGCAUUUACAAAUAUGACAUUAGCUGUAAGAAAAGCUUUAUGUUCAGUUAUGGUUUUCGCGGUAGUUGAUAAGGCUGGCACAAUGGUUAUGAGCGAUGGCGAAGAAUUAGACUCGUGGUCUGUUUUAAUAAACGGGCAUGUUGAAAUAGAACAUAAAAAUGGUGAAAAAGAGGAACUUCAUGUUGGUGAUAGUUUUGGUAUAUUACCAACAAUGGAUAAAUUAUAUCAUAGAGGGGUUAUGAGAACAAAAUGUGAUGAUUGUCAAUUUGUGUGUAUUACACAAACUGAUUAUUAUCGAAUACAACACCAAGGUGAAGAAAAUACUAAAAGACAUGAAGAUGAAAAUGGUCAAGUUGUAAUGGUAACCGAGCUAAGACAAAUUGGACCAGAUACAGCUGGUACAAGUUCCAGACGGGGCCACGUUGUUAUACGCGGCACAAUUAGUCGGUUAAUGGUACAGUUAAUUGAGGAGAAUUCUAUGACAGAUCCAACAUAUGUUGAAGAUUUUUUAUUAACCCAUCGCACAUUUAUUGAAAAUCCAAAAGAAGUGGCUAAACAAUUAUUACAGUGGUUUGAAAAUGAAGAUACAUCGCCAUUGCACACAAAUGCAAGUGGUAUGGAAAUUCGAGAUCGUGUAUCUCGUGUGAUUUUGCUUUGGGUGAAUAAUCAUUUCACAGACUUUGAAAUGGAUCCUGAAAUGAUGGAAUUUUUAGAAACUUUUGAAAUGGGUUUGGAACAAAAACAAAUGCCUGGUCAGUUAAGGCUGUUACAUAUAGCAUGCGCAGCUAAAGCUCGAACUCGUAAUGUUACAUUAACGCGUUCGUCGCGUGAUGAAGACUUGAAUUUCAAAAUUAUAGGCCCAACAGAACGGGGUAGUUAUGGUAUUUUUGUGUCACAUAUUGAACGUAAAACGAAAGCUGAAGAUGUUGGUUUAAAGAGAGGGGAUCAAAUUUUAGAAGUGAACGGUCAAAGUUUUGAGCAUGUAACACAUAGUAGAGCAAUGGAAAUUUUAAUGGGAUCAACGCAUUUAAGUAUAACUGUUAAAAGUAAUUUGUUAGCAUUUAAAGAAAUGUUACAACAAUCUGAUACAAAAUCACCAAGAUCAAGAUCAAAUAGAAAUAGAAUCUGUGUUAGUGAUUUAGCUAAAUUAAAUUCAAAUGACCCAAGGCAAACAGCAGCUGCAGUUGCUAGACUAUCGACACAUGAAUUAUUAUCAACUUCAAUGACUGCAACGGGAGAUCAAGUUGAUUAUUGUCAGUCGUCAUUUCGCGAUUUAUCAAGUCAAGGCAAUCCUAGUAAUAGCUGCAAUUUUGUAUCAAAUUUUUUGCAUAAUCCAACACGCAAAGAUUCAAAUCAAUCAUCAGGCUCUGCGUCAAAUAAAGGUGGUUUCAUGACAUUGGGGCCAAAGCGUAGGAUACAGAAAGCAUUAAUAAAAAUGAAUUUAUUACCAAAGAAUAAUUCCUCUAGCUCUGGUCAACAAAUAAAUAAUCCAGGAUCAAAUUGCGAUGACGAAGAUUCAUCUUUAUUAGGAAAUAAUAAUAAUGAUAGCAAAGGAAUAACCAAUUCAGUUAUAGGUUCGGGUGCAUCUCUACCAGGAUCACGUAGUAAUAAUAAUAGCAAUAAUUCUAGCAAUAAAAUGAACAGUGCAAAUAGUAAUAAUAUGCAAACGUCAAAUAUGAGGAAUAAUAUAAGUGAAAACUCAACCCCUUCACUAUAUCAUUGCCACAGUAAUCCAGAUUUAACAUCGGUAGCAUCAAAAUCUGUUACGAUUGUUGGUAAUAACGAUAAUGAAAUUAAUCAAAAUUCUCAAACUGAUUCCUUGGCAAAUAUGAACACAAAUAAUGUUUCAUUAAAUACAUGUAUUGCUGCACAACAAAUUCUUACACCACAACAUCAAUCGGGUACAAUUUAUUAUGAAGAUACAAGACAAAGUGAUUAUCCAGAACAUGUGCUUAAGGUUUAUAAAUCUGAUCAAACUUGCAAAUAUUUAUUAAUAAAUAAGGAAACAACUGCACAUGAAGUUGUUAUGCUAGCAUUACAAGAAUUUGGUAUACAUGAAACUUCAUCUAAUUUUUCGUUAUGUGAAGUAUCUGUUAGUGAAGGCGGUAUGAUUAAACAGCGUCGUUUACCAGAACAUUUACAAAAUUUAGCAGAGCGUAUUGGUUUGUCAGCUCGAUAUUAUUUAAAAACAAAUGGUAUCACAGAAACUUUAGUACCUGAUGAUUUAGCACCUGAUUUAGUACGAGAAUCAGUUGUACAUUUACUUCAACUCAAUGCCAAUGAAGUGGCUAUACAGUUAACAUUUCAAGAUUUUGCAAUAUUUAGACAAAUUGAAUCAACCGAAUAUGUUGAUGAUUUAUUUGAAAUACAAUCACGUUAUGGCACGCCAAUGUUAAAACAGUUCUCUGAAUUAGUUAAUCGUGAAAUGUUUUGGGUUGUAACUGAGGUAUGUUCAGAGCAUAAUAUGGUUAGACGAAUGAAAAUUGUAAAACAAUUCAUAAAAAUAGCAAGACAUUGCAAAGAAUGCCGGAAUUUUAAUUCAAUGUUUGCUAUAAUAUCUGGUUUAGGCCACGCAGCUGUUUCAAGAUUAAGGCAAACGUGGGAAAAAUUACCAACGAAAUAUCAAAAAUUGUUUAACGAUUUACAAGAUUUAAUGGAUCCGUCACGUAAUAUGUCUAAAUAUCGUCAAUUGGUUUCAGCUGAGCUUCUAGCUCAACAUCCAAUCAUUCCAUUUUAUCCGGUUGUGAAAAAAGAUUUGACAUUUAUUCAUCUAGGUAACGAUACUCGUGUAGAAAAUUUAAUUAAUUUUGAAAAAUUAAGAAUGAUAGCCAAAGAAGUUAGAUUAUUGACACAUAUGUGCAGCUCAACUUAUGAUUUAUUAACGAUGUUAGAAUUUAAAGGUCAACCACCAAGUUCAGCAAUGGUUGCAUUAAAUCAAAUGUCAGUAUCAACUGGACCAUGUGCUGGUAGUAGUAGUGGUAAUAAUAGUAAUAGUGGUAGUAAUGUGGGUGUUGGUAGUGUUAUUGGUGGUACAAUGAGUGGUGUUACCAGUUUGUUGUAUGUUGGUGGUGGUAAUGCAACAGUAAAAAGAAGAAAAAAAUCAGCAGCAGCACCUAAUCCAAAGAAAAUGUUCGAAGAAGCUCAAAUGGUUCGUCGGGUCAAAGCAUAUUUAAAUAAUAUGAAGAUUAUGACAGACGAAGAUGUGUUACACAAUCUUUCGUUGGAAUGCGAAGCAAGUACGGGAGGUCAUGGGGGUGGUGGGAGUAUUGGAUGUAAUUCUGCACCAAAUACAACUACAACUGUAAGAAAACGUCAUCCAUCCCCUACAUUAUCUACAACUAGUUCAACUAGUUCAACUAGUGAAGGUAAAAAAGGUAGUUUGGGUGGUGCUUCUAAUGUUGGACCAAAGUUUGGCACAGCAUCACCACAAGCAGUUAAAAAAAUAUUAUCAUUAUCUGAGUCAACAAAAACAAGACCGCAUCAACCACGUCAUCCUAGUAUACAAUUACCAUUAGUUAAUGUUGGAAAUUUACAUCAUCCUUUUUCACAUACUUCAAUAUCACCAUCUCCAUCACCGGGAUCACAUAGACGAAUGGGGUCAUGUAGUAGUACAAGAAAUAUUUUUUUAAAUAAAGGUACGACUGGCUCAGGAAAUGUUACAAAUAAUGGUAAUAACAGUAUCGGAAUCGUUUCACCAGCUGGUACAGUACUUGUAAGCGCCGCCAGAGGAAUACAUGAACGAUCACAUUCUGAUACACCAACACCUUUACCUUCAGUAGAUCUAUCAGCUGAAAGUAGUAGUGUAACAUCUUUAAGUAAUUUACCGUUAAGGAAAAAUAUUACAUUGGCAGGAUCAGUAACAUCAAAUGAUAGUGGUCAUGGUUCAUGUGUACAAGCCGAAAUCCAUUCAAACUGCUCCGAUAGUAGUAGUAGUAGCGGUUUAUAUCAUGUAGCUUCAUCAAUAGUCCAUAAUUCACCAUCACCGACCUUACAGCAACGUCGUCAUUCAUCAACACAUGCUGGUUUAUUCAUUUGUCCAACAACAGCAACAAGUCCAUCACCAAGUGCUUGUAGUUUUGAUAGCGGUAUACAUGAUAAACCACCACCUAUACCACCACCACACCAUUCCUUGCAACAACAGCAUUUAUCUCAACGUGCAUUUUCACCAUCGAUGCUAGAUUGUAAAAAUCAAACAUCGAUUGCUUCAACAACAGCAACAAUUAUAACGCCUUCUUCGACGACACCAAUAUCAUCAAAUCAAAUAAUUGGUAUUGCAUUACCUGCACAUAUUCCUGUCUCAGUGCCCAUUUCAUUAUUAACAAAUAAUUUACAGUCGCAGCUAGAAGAGCAGCAACAACAUUCACAAUUUUUUCUUCAUCAACAACAGCAACAACAACAACAGCAAUCGUCACCAUCAACAAAUCAUAGUUGUAAUGAUAGUAAUCAUUCUUUACAUACUACUUCCGCUGUUUCAAAUUUUUUACAUUUCCCCUCUAAUAAUGCUACAUAUUGUGAAUCAAUGAAGAAUUUAACGGUAAAACAACAACAACAAAACCGAUUAAAAAAUUAUCAACUGGCGAGUGGUGAAGAGGAUUUAGGUUUUAGUUGCGGUGAUGUUGGUAAUCAUACAAGCGGUAACAGUAAUAAAAAAUAUAAUGUUGUUGAUGUUGGUAAUAACGAUGGUGAUAUUAUUAUUGCCGGUGGUAAUAUAUGCGUUGGAAAUAAUAAUUCCAGCAGUGGUAAAGUAAUAUUAAAUUAUAAAAAUAAGUCAAUUUCACCAGCAAUUAUUGAUGCAUCAUCAUCAGGAAAAUUGAUGACUAUUCCAUCAUCAACUCAAAUGGUUCCAAUAACAACAAGAUUUAAAUCAAUUAAUAUAGCUUCCACAACAGCGAUAACAACAACAAUAACAACUACAACAAUCGUUACAUCAACAAUUACAGGAAAUACAACCACGCAAACAACAAGUACAUCAUCACAACCACAACUCAAAAAUUUACUAGCUCUUCAACAAAAACAAACACUCUGUCAACAACCGAAGAAACAACAACAAUACCUAAAUUAUUAUCUACAACAAAAUUCCAAUAAUAAUUGUAAUAAUAUUAAUAUUUCAAAUAUUAAUGAUAAUUUAAUUGUGGAAAAUCUUACAAUUAGUGGUAAUGGUGGUGGUGAUGAAGUUAGUAAUAACACUAAUGUUGUUGAUCAUAUGAGUUUCAAAGAUAAUAAUAUUAUACAAGCUAAACAAUGUCAACAACAAAAACAAUCACAUCAUUUAGGAAAUACGAAAAUAACCAAUUUUAAAUAUAUACACCAACAAGAAAUUCAACAAUCAAAACAACAACAACAACAAUCGCAAUUACAACAUAAUCAAAUAUCAUCAAAUCUAGUUCACACAACAACAACAACACCUAAAAUUGGUCAUAGUAUAAUGGCACCACCGCCGCCCAAAGGUCCAAGACAUCCACCUGCAUAUAGUGUUGCAGCACAAAUGGCAAGACUUCAUCGUUUAGGUAGAGCACAUAGCCAUGAGGGUGUUACAACAGCAAUACAAGGAGGAGGCAAUCUCAGUGGUGUAGCGACUGGUCAAGGACUAUUACCACCAAUUGGUGUAGCAACAACAACAACGACAACAAUAACAACAACAACAUCUAUAACAACAGUAUCACCACCACUAAAUAUAUCAUCUAAUGUAUCUACAGCUGGAUCUAUAUUACCAACAUCAAAUAUACCAAAUACAACACAAAUAUUAUCAACAACAAUACAACAAAAUAAUGGUAACAAUUUAUUACAACAGCAACAACAACAACAACAGCAACAGUCACAACAAUUAAAUUUAAAUAAUAUUCUUCCAAUAAGUAGUGGUUAUUUUCAACAUUAUUCACAUCAUCAUCAUCUUAGUAAUAUUGGAAAUGACGAUGAUGACGAGGAUGCUCAGGUUUCGGCAGUUUAAAGACCCAAAAUGAAACAAUACAAGUGUAUUCCAAUUAUAUUCAUAUGUGGAAAAACAAAGAGAACAAACUAUAAAUUUAUGUAAUAAUUUAUGUAAGAAAAAAAAUUGCAUUCAUGUUUUUCUUAAUUUAAAUACAAAAUAUAUAAAAAGACAAUUUAUUCUGUCAAAAAAAUAAAAUAAAAAAAAAUGGUGUCCAAAAUGAUCUGAAAGCUAAAACUCUUAAUUGUGAUUAAUAAAAUAAUAAAAAAAAAAAUAAAAAAAAAAUUAUUAAAAAAUAUUAAAAAUUAAAAUAAUAAAAAUCAUUUAUUGUAACAAAAUAUUUUAUAGAUAAAUAUUUGCAUAUGUAUUUGAAAAUUGUGAGUUUGCAUAUGUAUAUGUGAAAACACACACUCUCUCUAUAUUUCUAAAAAAAAAAAAAAAAGAAAAUAAAUGUGUCCAAAUUAAAUUAAAAUAUUUGAUAAAUUUUUCUAUUUUUCUUUUUUAUUAAAAUUUAUUAGAAAUAAAAAUUAUUUUUUUCUGGAUUUAGAAUAUUCCAAUUUAUAAAGUACAAAACGCUAAAAUUUAUUUUUAUAUAGCUUAUAUAAAUUGUAUUAAAAAAUAUCCGAACUUCAAACUUACACUAAUAUUGUGCUAAAAUGGAAUUCAGCAACUAUAACUCAUAAGCUGAAUAUUACGUAUUAACACCUGUAUUAUUGUAAAGCUUGGUAGUCCAGAAAUAUAUAUAUAAAUACAUCAUUAAUAUAAAUAACAUACCUUUUUUUUCUAUUAUAUAAUUUUAGUGUUACCAAACAUAUGUUAUUAUAAUUAAAACUCUUUUAUAAUUUAAUUUCUUAAGAUAUUCCUUGAAAAUUCAAAUUGCAUACAUGAAAGCUCAUGACUUUAGAAAUUCAGAGAAAAUAUAUUGCCUACACAAAAUCACACACAACAACAAAUAAUCUGAAUUGUAUAUUAUGUGCUAAUAUUUAAUGUAAAAUUCAGAUUAUUAUACUUAUUGUACUGUAGAUAUUGUGCAUACUGUACUAAAUUUUGAAGUCAAAUGAUGUUCUAAAUUUCACAAUUUAGCUUAACUAUAGUUUGAAUUGUUAAUUUUUUUUAAUAAAACUGCAAUUUGAAUAUUCCAGGGAAUUUCUAUAUUUGUUGUAGUUUAAGUUCUUUUUCGAAUACGAUAUAAAGUACGAUGUUUUAAAUUUCAUUCAGAAAUUUAUGAUCAAGUUGAAAUUUAGAGCAAAUUUAUAUUUCAUGAGCUGAGUUAAAUUUAAAGAAUCGUGUAUUAUAUUGCAAAAUUUUGGAACCAAAAAGGAAAAAAAAAACAAAUUCUCUACUCACAAAAAUAAAAAAUUGUAAAUUUUAAUUUUUUUAAAAUUAUAUUUGAAAAAUAUUUUUUAUAAUAAUAUUUAUUAUUGUGUGUAAAUAAGUAUUCAUUUACCUUAAUAAUUUUCCGGCUUAAUUUGAAAAAAGUUGUAUAUUUCGGUAUAGAUCGGAUUCUGUUUUGCAGUUAUAUUUUAUUUUUAAAAACUGUAAACUUCAGUAAUUAUAGGACCUAAUAAUCUGCUAUUAAAGCUGUUAAAGCAGAUAAACAUAUCCUUAAAAAUAUAACAUUAUUUAUAUGGAAAAUUGGAUGGACCUUUUUUGAACUCGAAUCAAGGAAAAAGUAUAAAAAUAGUUUAUUUUUUACUAUUAUUUUAUGUUUAAUUAAAUUUGGAAGUUACCACCACACUGGAAUUACAAUAAUAUUGUAUUAAUAUACAAAUCGGCUUAUAAAUGAUUAUUGUUGAAUUUUGUUACGACCACAUCAUUGAUGUAAUUCUGAUGUCCGAAAUAAUUAUUUGUAUUUUUUUUUCUUUUUUAAACUAAAAAAAAAUAAUCUGAAUGUAAAACAAGGAAAAUAUUUGCUUAUUUUACGAAAUAUUUUCUUUUAACUAUAUAAAAAAUAUUAAUUACACUCACACACAAAAACAAAACAUAUACAUUUGAUAUUGCAUUUAAAAAUAAGGAAAUUAAAAGAAGAAAAUUA